AUAAAGAUGGUAAUAAACCAAGAAGCCCCCAUAACUAUAGAUAGACACACACGCACGCACACACGUGGUGCAUGUCUGCUUUAAAGCCCCAGAAAUCCAUGUGCUGGAAGGAGGGGACAGCCAGAGAGAAGGAGUGAGCAGGGUGAGGAGGAGUGAGGAGGGUGAGGAGGGAGGAGUGUGUCUCCGCAGCAGAGGGACAGUUCAGCUCCCGACUCCUCAACGUGGAUUUGAAACAAACCGUCCCGCGGAACUUCAGCUUCUCCGAAUCCAACGCGCACGAAACCAGAGGGGAACAAGUGUCCCAGUCCCGCUGUGCCCGGAUCCCUCUGCCCCGCUCCCCCCUGUCCGGUCCCGGGUCAUGCCGCUGAAGCUCGCCGAGGAGGGCUCUCCUCCGUCGGUCCGCGCGUCGCUGGAACCCAGGAGCGGCGUGGAGGGAGAGGAGAGCGCGCGCCGGAGCCGAGGAGCGGAUGAGCGCACGGAGGAAGAGGAGGAUUAGUGAAGAUUUCAAAAACAAAAGAAAAAAAAGAAAAAGGGAAACGAGAGAAACAACAGACGACCACAGACAUGAGUUUACCGACGAACUGUGUGUAUCCGCCCCCCUCGGUCCAGGAUCGCUUCUUCACGGCGCGGAACGGGAGUUUCUGCGGGUCACCGUGCGCCGUCAACCGGCCCAUCGACAUCGUGCAGAAACGCAGGCGUUUUGACGUGGAGAAUGGCCUCUCGGUGGGUCGCAGUCCUCUGGACCCUCAGACGAGCCCGGGUUCUGGUCUGGUACUUCAGGCUAACUUCCCCCACAGUCAGCGUCGCGAGUCCUUCCUCUACCGCUCCGACUCCGACUUCGACCUUUCGCCCAAAAAUAUGUCCCGCAACUCGUCCACCGCCAGCGACCUGCAUGGAGAAGACAUGAUAGUGACUCCGUUUGCUCAGGUUCUCGCCAGUCUGCGAACAGUGCGAAGUAACUUUGCGGCUCUGACACAUCUGCAAGAUCGUGUGGCAAACAAGCGGCCAUCAAGCAGCAACCAGCCGUCCAUGUGCAAACCAUGUCUCGGAGAGGAGCCUCACCAGAAGCUGGCGGUGGAGACACUGGAGGAGCUGGACUGGUGUUUGGACCAACUGGAGACGCUGCAGACGAGAGACUCUGUCAGCGAGAUGGCCUCCAACAAGUUUAAGAGGAUGCUGAACCGCGAGCUGACACAGCUUUCAGAGACAAGCCGCUCGGGCAACCAGGUGUCAGAGUUCAUCGCGAGCACUUUCCUCGAGAAACAACAUGACGUGGAGAUCCUGUCUCCACCAUCUAAGGAGAAAGAGAAGAAGAAGAGGCCGAUGUCACAGAUCAGCGGAGUGAGAAAGCCCACACAGAGUCCCGCCUUAGCCCCCGCCUGCAUCCCUCGCUUCGGAGUCAGCGCACCGCACGAGAGUCUGCUGGCCAAGGAGAUCGAAGACGUUAAUCUUUGGGGUCUGGAUGUUUUCAAGAUAGCAGAAUAUUCCGGGAACCGGCCUUUGACGGUGAUCAUGCACUCCAUCUUCCAGGAGAGAGAUCUUUUCAAAACCUUUAAGAUCCCGGUCGACACCUUCAUCACCUUCAUGAUGACCUUGGAGGACCACUACCACUCUGACGUAGCUUAUCACAACAACAUCCACGCAGCUGACGUGGUGCAGUCCACACAUGUCCUCCUGUCCACCCCCGCUUUAGAGGCCGUGUUCACAGACCUGGAGAUCAUGGCCGCUCUGUUUGCAAGUGCCAUCCAUGACGUCGACCACCCAGGAGUCACCAAUCAGUUCCUGAUAAACACCAGUUCGGAGUUGGCGGUGAUGUACAACGAUGCGUCGGUGCUGGAGAACCACCACCUCGCCGUGGGCUUCAAACUGCUCCAAGAGGACAACUGUGACAUCUUCCAAAACCUCAGCAAGAAACUGAAAGAGUCCCUCCGCAAGAUGGUGAUCGACAUGGUGCUGGCCACUGAUAUGUCUAAACACAUGAACUUCUUGGCGGACAUGAAGACGAUGGUGGAAACCAAGAAGGUGACGAGUCUGGGAGUCCUGCUGCUCGACAACUACUCUGACCGCAUUCAGGUUCUGCAGAACAUGGUCCACUGUGCCGACCUGAGCAACCCAACCAAACCGCUGGAGCUGUACCGACAGUGGACGGACCGCAUCAUGGUGGAGUUCUUCACACAGGGAGACCGCGAGCGGGACAAGGGCAUGGAGAUCAGUCCCAUGUGUGACAAACACAAUGCCUCUAUAGAGAAGAGUCAGGUGGGAUUCAUCGACUACAUCGUCCACCCUCUGUGGGAGACCUGGGCUGACCUGGUGCACCCUGAUGCCCAGGACAUCCUGGACACUCUGGAGGACAACAGGGAAUGGUACCAGAGCAUGAUCCCCCACAGCCCAUCACCUUCCAGCCCCGAGGAGCACCGCCUGGAGGCUGAGCUAGGAGGAGGACCACUGGGAGCAGGAGGAUCUCUCCCUUCAGGAGGAGGAGGAGGAGGAGGAGGAGGUGGGGACAAGUUCCAGUUUGAACUCACUCUGGAGGAAGAGGAGGAGGAUGAUGUGGAGUCAGAUCUGGAUAGCCCCCUAGAGGACGGGUCCCAGUCGGGCGGGGAGCGCCACCUGGACUCCUCCCCUUCCCUUUCUCCAGACCCCCACAGCAGCAGCAGGUACCGCCCCCCGUCGCCUCACCCGCCCCGAACCCUGAGUCUGGCUGCCUUGUCGGUGCGGAGCCCCCAUCCCCACCUGAACCUGUCCUCCCCGGGGAGGGGGGACUCCGACAGGGACAAAGAACUGAGCCAGGAGGGCGACGGAGUGUCUUGCAUGCGUAUCGGCACGUAACAACCAGCACAACCUGCCCGGCCUGAGAGACAGGAGAUGUAGGGAGGAAGAGGCAGGGCAGGCCUUUACCAAUAAAGUCUGUAAAAUCACCACAGUCCCUUUACACUGGAGACACUCUCUCUGGAGAACAGAGGGACGUUUGUCCUCUGUUUGAUUUAAAUUUUUCAUCAAAGAAGAAUCGUUUUAGCCUCUCUUUGGAUGCCCUAUAGGCCUUUGUGUCCCGUCCUGCGUCGUUGUAGCUUCUGUUCAGAGCGUCCCAGAAAAAGACUGCCGCAGUUUCACUGGGAAGAAGAACUGAGCUGGGGUGCGACACUCCGACAACGACAUAAAUGAAAGGAAAUGUCUUCCUCCAAAAUAACUGUUUGUGAACAGCAGCGAACGAGGACCAAGGUGGAUCGAACAGGGUCUUGGAAAUUAUUUUUGCACCAUAGUUUUUAGUUAAUGGAAUUAUUGAAUCCGUUUGGAAUAAGUGAGUAUGAUUUCUGUGUUGCGAGAAUGAUGUGAGCGAUAAAUAAUUUUACCAAAUACAGGAUGAAGGUGAGCAGCGAGAAAAAUCGAUGGACCUAAACCUCAGGGUGUGAAGAGAAACUAAAAAUCGAAUGUAGCACGGAUGUAGUGAGUACUCCUGACCUGACCCCCGACCCAGAACUCGAGUUUGAUUUACCUCCAAACUCGAGUCUUGGUUUAACCUCCUACAUUUUUAUUAAAACCCUUUAAUAGUAAAUUUGGCACAUGAAGCAAUUCAAAAACCAACUUGUAGCACCACAGAGAUUGAAACCUGAAGAGGACUGAACCACAGUCUCACGGGUUCAAAAUACAGAAGACACCACCUGUGUAAAUUGUUUUAAGCUAUAUUUUUCUUUUUUAGCCUGAGAUGAUGUUAAAUGGUGUCAUUGUUUAAGGUUCUGAUUUCGGGACAGUUCUCUGUUGUACGUUUGCUGGUCUCGUCUGUGUUAAUGUGCUUCAAAAGCAAUUUUUUAAUCAGGGUGCCUCCGGUCCGCAGUAGCACUUUACCAUCUCUGCUGUACAGCCCUUCUAUUCAGUCACACAAAGGGCUUCACCCACUGUAGCCUCAGGCAAACAGGACAGGAGGACGAUCUGAUGCUGGGUUCCAGGGCAGGAAAGUAACAGAACCACUGUCUCAACAGAGAGUCCUCAAGCACAGUAAAAAUAUCAUUUCUGAUCAAAUUAAAUAUGUUUUACCCCAAACUACCUGAGCAUGCACCCCCAAACAAAUAUGUAUUUUCAUUCGCUAACUCCAAGUCGUUAUCCAGAUCUGCACCAAAUUUUAUCUCAUUAUGGAGAUCAGCACUGUUCACAUGCCUGAUUAUUUUCGGACGCAUUUCAUCUUUGUUCAAUGCAAACGCAGAUGAAAACAUAACCCGGGGGAGGAGAUGAAAACCAUGUGACGACAGCAGCAACCAGUGUCGGUUGAUUUGGCCUCGGUGUGAUUGGUUUAUCGCCCACAUAUUAAUAAUACAUGUGUAUAGAAUCUACAGACUGGAACUCAGAGUCCUAAGCAGAGAGGUGUUCAGCUCAAUGGCAUCUGAUUCAGUUAUUCCGAGGAGAAACUUUAAAUGAAACUUAAACUGUUUAUUUAUUAACCCUUUGAGGUAAAGCUUAAGGGUUUCUAUGAUUUCAUGUAACAAUUUCAAUCGCUGAUAUUUAAAAUGUCGAACCUCACCCACGUGUCAAAUCGACAAAAACUGCUCUGGGGACGUGUUGGCCAGUUCCACUCCCGUCACAGUGAUCUUGUCGUUGGAGUUGUCCAGAAAUGUAGUGUUGUGCUGCGAUCAAGUCGGAACACUGAUAAGUGAAACAUGCUUUUUGCGGAGGCAGAGAUUUAGUCACAGAACAAUGGAUCCUACAUUAACAACCAAGCAACUCAAUAGUGCCUUUCAUUAGAUCUUCCCUCUGCCCUGAUUUGUUUUAAAGUCGGUACCGCAGGGUUUUUAUUAUCAAUCUUUAAGCCUGAAACAUGCUUCUGCGUUUUCACGGGCCCGUAAGCGCAAGAGCCCUUCCGGGUCCCUUACGUGCUUAUGUAUCCCUCCUUACGUGCUGACGGGUGUCGACCCCCUUUUCUAAAAUUUACGGCAAAGCUCCGCAAGCUCACUCAGCCCGCAAGGCUGUGAUUGGUCUGCUCUACAUCCCUUCUGGGGCUGCAUUUCCGGUUUCAUGCGCCAUAACACCGGCAGAAAUCACGGAAGAUUUAGAAGAACGAAUAUGGACCAAAUAGAAGAGCACUUGGCAGAAGAUAUCCGACAGUAUGAUCACUUGUAUAACCUGUCACUGACUGGCGGAUUUGUCCGCCAGAAAAAGGCUACGAGGAGCCGCAGUGGCUAUGUAAAUAAACAAUCGACGAAGAAGAAAGAAGGCGUCUCUAAGGUCGUCUCGACAAAAAGCAUUACUCCGCCUAGUGUUCUGGCGCGGAAUUGCUUUGUAAGACGCGCAACGGUUGGGGAAGCAUGAAUGAAAACGAGUCUUGCGCCACAGCGGCGUGAAAAGACGCAGACGCAGUCGCAGAAGCAUGUUUCAGGCUUUAAUCUCAAGCCCCUUCAGAGCCACGUUAGACGUUACACAACAGUUUCCCCGGGGUGUACUCAAAUAAGCUGACCUCCGAAUCUAAAAUUAGCGGAGUGUCCUUUCAAAUUAAUGGCUCUCCCUUUUCCCCCUGAAUCAGUACAGAUCUUAAACCCCCCCCAUAUCACAGUGGUGUUACUUUCCUGCCCUGCCGAUGGGAUCUGCUGCUGAGAUCACAAGGAGCAGCACAGUUUCAUAAGUUCCUGAGAGACACAAAUCGCCUGUAGUUCAAAGUAGACCGACUGUGUUCCAUCAGGCUUCCAGUGUAUGUGGUCAUUAGUGCUCGACUGGGAUCAACUGUGUUCCAUACGUGUUGAAAACACACAAACACCUGCCAGCCUACGAUUCUGUGCAUUUUUACACUAGAGAUUUUAACCUGAUGAUUGUAUCGAAGUCCUUGACUUUUUAAGUGUUAGUUUUUACCAAUGAUAGAUGUCAACAGUAUUUAAAGCAGAGAAUUUACUAGAUUUUGUGCAGCCUAGGAUCAGUCUGAUCAGUCUGUUCCUAAUCGCAACGCUGGGACUUGAGAAUGUGUGUAGCUUCAGGAGUUUCACGACUCUUUCUGUAUCAAGUUAAUGUUUCAGUCUAGAUGAACGGUCCACGCCGUCACUGAGGUAGAAAGGCCAGGGAGUGAACAAGCACUACACAGGAUAUGAGGCACUCCCUGGUCCAGCAGUAGGAAAAAAACACUAGUCGAACAGUAUUUCAUUAAUUCAGCAAGUAAGCUUCAUUCAUAAGCCUUACAUGUGACAGGAGAGGGUGGAACCUGGUGUUUGAAGACCAUGCUGCUGUUUUUAACAUGCUGAGCCUCAGAAAGCCACUUCACUCACUGUUCUUCUCUUUCUGUUUCCUUCACGGUUCUGGAGACUGGAAAAAAACAAGAUACUUUCUUAUUUCUAGGCCUAAAAGAGUCAGAAUACAUGUUCACUUUGCAAGUGAUCAGCAUAGAAUUAAGAGUUCUGUCAAUUACCCAUAAAGUUGCCUGAAACUGGAAAAGCUUUCUCAGAUAUAUUUUCUGGUAUCCAUUCAAAUUUUAUAGAAUAAAUAUUAUUUGAUACAAAAGUAUUUUAAAAGAUAAUCUGAGAAACUCAUCUGUGUUUAGCUUUCCUGUUAAUAACCGAAUACUUUAUUUGGCAAAAAUGAACCAUGGAUGCCUGCGUGCUAAGUGAAAACUAUGUAAACAUCAGCAGCUAAGUCAUCGCUGAAUUACUCUCUAGUGUCAUCGUCUGGACAAAGUUUAUACUUGCACACCAGAAAUGUCAGAAUGUUAUGGCCAUUAGCGAUGUGGACAUUUCCUCUGCCUGAUAAGAAACAUUCAAUUUGUAUCUAAACUACUGGUAAUGCUCCAAAAACAACAAAAAAAUAAGCAACAUCAAAUUGCAUUGGGUAAAAUACAUUGCAGCCUAGUUAACUUGUAAUCUGUCUAAAAAAUAUAUAUAUAUAUAUAUUUUUGACCCACCAGCGAUACCAAAUGUGUUUUAAUAUUUCAUUGUGUCCGGUGGAAACUUCUUGUACUUUUUGGCUAUGUGUCAAUAUUUGACAAGAUAAGAAUCAGUAACUUGAAACUAAAAAACUAAAUUGAAUUUAACAAAAUAUAUUACACACAGUCUCCGCACAAUCAGCAACAGCAUCUUUGGCUGACCAGAAAAGCCACUUGAGGGAAUCUAUUCGAUAUGAACAGACACUUUCCAUCAUGUGGGAUGUUGGUGAACCUGAGACAGAUUUCCAUUUUGCCGAACUUGGAGUGUGCGUCUGAUCUGAGGAGUUUUAUCAGCCUUUUGAAUUCAGCACCGUGGCUCUUUCCAGGAAGUCGUCGGUGCCACACAGUGUUAAAUGUGUUGAUGGGCAGCAGAGUCGCUGCUCCUGCUCCAUUUCCCCUGUCGCACUGAUGCUGCCGGUGUUUAUGUUCAUGCCGUCUCGUUUUCUCAGCCUGUGUCGUGCAAUCUUCUAUAAAAGAUAUUUAUUCUUCAAAAACAUUUAUGUCGAGACAAAGUACUGUAACAUAAGACGUUUGAUUUUAUGUUCUGGAGCCUGAUAAUCAAGUAUACUUUACAAGUAUGUAUACAUCUGCCACUCCAAUGUUUUGUCAAAGGAAAAAUGAAUAUAUUUUUGUUUCUCAUUUUUAGCCGGAAGAGUCUCGAGAGUUCAGGGUGUUUCAAGUGGAAAAUGCCAAUAAAUUAUAUGGAAAUUUA